AUGGGUGAUGAAAAUUCUCGUUUGAUUUCAACAACAUUUAAUAUGGCAUCAAAUGAAGCACGCGAUAGAUUACAUACAAUAAUGACUCAUGAUAUGGCUGAAGCUAUUGAACAAAUUGGUCAAACAUUAGAAGCAUGUAGUACAAAAAAAGCUCGAUUACUUAGUCGACUUGAUGAAGUUGCUAGAGCAGUUGAUGAAGUUCGAAAUGAAUGUGGAUGUAUUGAUACUACAAUUGCAAGCAAAGUUUUACAUUUAAAUAAAUUAGCUACACAAAUUGUUCAACAAAUGGCACUUGUAAGCAUUCCAGAUCAACUACCACCACCUGAACCAUUAGCACCCCCAAUAGUUGAAAUUGAUCUAUCAACUGUACAUGACCGAUUGAAUGGUCUUGAUCAUAUGGUUAAUGAUUUAACUAAAUUAAUUCUUGAAAAAGAAGAAACUGUUCUUUAUGUUAUCAAUAAACGACCAGGAGGAAAUGGAGAGAUUAAAACAACUGUUCAUUCUCCUAUACGUCCAAGAGGUUCAGGCAUACGACACGAUAGACAAGAGCAAAUCCAUAAUCAAAUGACAAAACUUCAAAAAAUAGUACGAAAUAUUCAAAGUGAAGGUCGAAAUUCUUCAAAAGAAUUGCAUCAUCAUCAACAUCAUCAUAGACUUCAUCUUCGACAUCAACAAUCAAGACAUUCAUCUCAAGUCCUUUCAACAGUUGAUGAUGAAGAAGAUGAUAGUCAAACUAAUGGAGAACAUACUGAUCAUCAUACACAUAAUGAUAAUGAGGAAGAAGAAGAAGAAGAAGAAUCUCGUGGUUCAGAUCAAACAACUGUCGGACCAUGUACAUUAUGUUUGCAGGAAAGAACUGAAGAUAUUACUGCUCAAGUACCAAAUGGUCAUCAUUCAAUUACUCAUAGUCAUUAUACAGAUCGAUCUCAUAGUUCAGUGACUACAUCAGGUGAUGGCAGUGCUAGUCAUACUCGUGGAUUAGGUGAAGCAUUAGCUUCGAAUGGAACAGAUAUUCUUUAUUAUGAUUAUGAAAAGGAAUUGAUUCGUAUUGCAGGAGAAGACGAUUGUUCAGUAAAAUUUCAACAUGGUUUAGUUGUUGACUUAUAUUGGUGGGCAUUAAAUCGUGAAUGGUUAAUUUUAAGUGAACAAGGUUUAUAUCGAUGGAAAGCAGGUGAAUCUGAUUAUCAAGAUGCUUAUGAAUUUUCAAAUGGUGAAAUUGGUUUUCGACGUAUAGCUGUUACUAGUACAAGUAUAUUUUGUUUAUUUCGAUAUAGUCUUAUGAUACUUGAAUUAUCAAAUUCAAUGCAAAUGAAACGUCUUCAUGCACUUGCACCACCUGAAACAAAAUAUCGAAAAUUAUCUGAUAUAUCUGUUAGAAAAGUAAUACAACCUGAUGGUAGUGAAGAAGAUGUCUUAGGCUUAAUAUGGUUUGGCAGUGGACCAGGUAUACUUCUUGAAGAACGAUUUGUUACAGCUCAUGAAAAUAAUACACAUGAACGUUCAUUGCGUCAUGUUUCUGUUCGAUCGGGUCGUUAUGCACGUUUAACUUCAUAUGAUGAUGGUCGUGCUUGGUUAAUUAGUAAUACAGGUGCAGAUGUUUUCUGGAUAGUUCACAAUGAAAAUGUAAUUGCUGGUCGAUGGGAAGCAUCUGCAACAUGGGUUGAAGUUAGCAAUGGUAUACCUAUCAAUGCUGUUGGUGCUACUGAUUCAACUGUUUGCAUUCGUCACCAAGAUGGAGAAUUAGAAUUUCUUGCCUCUGAAUGA